AUGCUGGGAGGAAAAUUGAUGACCGUUAUCGGCGAUGAAGAUACUGUUACGGGCUUUUUGAUGGGUGGAAUUGGAGAAUUGAGCAAAGAGCGACAUCCGAAUUUCUUCGUGGUGGACAAAGACACAGAGACGAAAGACAUCGAAGCCAACCUGCGAACCUUCCUGGCUCGCCCCGAUGUGGGAAUAGUGAUGAUCACGCAGUGCUACGCGGAGCGAGUGCGGCACCUGAUCGACGCUCAUGUGGAGCCGAUUCCGACGAUUUUGGAGAUUCCGUCCAAAGACAACCCAUACGAUGCGGAAAAGGAUUCCGUCCUCAAACGGGCCAGGGCCGUUAUCGGUGGCGAAGGGUAG